AUGAGUAUAAAAGUUUCCGAUAAUAAUUUAAUUGAAAUUAAAAGUGAAGAAAAUAAUUUUAUGUUUGAUAAUAUUCUUUGUGAUAAUCUAGGGAUUAAGUUUGAUAAUUUUUCGAAAAUUGAAAUUUAUCCAACAAGUAAAACAUCUAAUAUUCCCUUAGAAUUAUAUUGUAAUGUAGUUGAAAAAUCUAUAUCCAAUCAUAAAGAAAAUGUUAAUAUUCACUACGAAGAAGAUCUUUAA